AAAACUCCCAGGUCUACCUCAGCUAUCAUCUCCAUGAACCAAAUGAAAGAAGAAACAAACAAAUCCUUAAACUCAAUUACAAGCCGAAACGAGACCAAAUUGAAAACUAAAAGCAAAGAGAGAAGAGGGAGAGUGAGGAUCAAAGAAUGGAGACGUUGAAAUCGCGAAUACCUGAGCAUCUUGUACAAACAGUGAAGAGCAGCAGCAGCGUCGACGAUCUACUCUCCUCUUCUUCGUCUCUGCUCCGUUUCCUUGUGGGUCUUCCCCAAUUUCAUCAAGCGGUGAGUGAGUUAGCGGAUCCUGAUCUGGGUUGCUGUGGGAAGAGCCAAGAGUCUUCUCUCGACUUGAAACGUAGCGGAAAUCUCUGCUUCCGCAGCCGGAGUUUCGACGAUGCUUUACGCUUCUACUCUAAAGCCUUACGUGUUGCUCGAGACAACACCUUACUCGCUUCUCUCUUUCUCAAUAGAGCUAAUGCCCUUCAUAAUCUGGGGCUUCUUGAAGAGAGCUUGCGGGACUGCCAUCGUGCUCUUCGUAUUGAUCCUUGUUACGCCAAGGCUUGGUUUAGGAGAGGCAAACUCAAUACUCUUCUUGGAAACUAUAAAGAUGCGUUCCGGGACAUCACAGUUUCUAUGUCUCUCGACUCAUCAUCUGCGGGGAAGAAGCAGCUGCAGAACGAACUUCUGGCUAUUCCAGACUUUCAGAAUAAGCAAACAUCGGAGAACACACUCUGUUUUGCUGCUGCGGAUCUACCCAACGUGCAAAGUGAAGUCAAGCUGCGUUGUGUAUCCACAAAAGAGAAAGGCAGGGGCAUGGUAUCAGAAUCUGAUAUUGAACAAGCUUCUGUCAUACAUGUCGAAGAACCAUUUUGUGUGGUCAUAUCAAAAAGUUGUCGGGAAACACAUUGCCACUUUUGCCUUAACGAAUUACCUCCUGACUCUGUUCCAUGUCCAUCAUGCUCAGUACCUGUGUAUUGCUCAGAGUCCUGCCAGAUUCAAUCAGGUGGAAUGCUGUCCACUAAUGAGAUGGACAAGAAUUCGAUUUUUCAUAACCUACCUGAUGAUAUUGUGGACCAUAUUAAAGGCGUUACAUCAGCUGUAAGAUAUUAUUCUGAAACUGAGUGUCUUCAAGAGCACCAGCAUGAGUGUCGGGGAGCUAAUUGGCCUGCUGUACUGCCAUCUGAUGCUGUUUUAGCUGGUCGAGUUAUAAUGAAGUUGAUAAAUCAAGGGGAAACAGCUAUGGAUCUCUCCAACCUUCAUGAUAAAUUAGAUCUUUCCCAUAGCUAUUCUAAGAUGAGUCCAGAGAGCAAGUUAGAGUUGCAUCUACUUUCCAUAGUAUUGAUUUGGUGCCUUAAUAAAUCUUGCUGCCCUGAUCUUUCAGUCUGCGAAGCUUCUGUGUCACAGACUAUUAUACUGCUUUCACAAAUCAAGGUGAACUCUAUGGCAAUUGUCCGGAUGAAAUCCAGCGGCGAUUCUUUCAAGUGCAUCCCAGCUGGGAACGUUUCAGCAAAAGAGCCGAUUCAGAGUUUAGAGCAGAUCAGAGUUGGUCAGGCUCUUUAUAAAAUCGGUAGCUUAUUCAAUCAUUCCUGCAAGCCGAACAUCCAUUUGUAUUUCCUUUCACGUGGACUUGUUAUGCGAACAACAGAGUUUGUUCCCGUGGGUUGCCCCCUAGAACUGUCAUAUGGUCCUGAGGUCGGAAAAUGGGAUUGCAAAGAUCGUAUUAGAUUUCUUGAAGAGGAGUACUUUUUUAAUUGUCGGUGCCGUGGCUGUUCUCAAAUGAACAUAUCGGACCUUGUUAUUAAUGGAUAUUGCUGUGUCAAUACAAGCUGUACUGGCGUAGUCUUGGAUAGUAGUGUGGCUGCAUGCGAGUCCGAGAAGCUAAAUCAUUUUUUGGCUGCUGCAAAAAGUCUAGAUCAUCAUUGUCUGUUUGGUUUUUGCUGUGUUUCUUUCACAGAUAAAUGUUUGAAAUGUGGUUCCCGCUGUGAAGUGGAAAACUCUCAUGUAGAGGUGAACAAAGCUUGGAAUCACCUGAGAAGGGUGGAAGAAUUGAUGAAUUCAGGACGUGCCAAUAUUUCUGUAUUAUCAGAUUGUUUAAGGUCCAUCGCUGUGCUCAGAACUUUCCUUCACAUGUAUAACAAAGACAUUGCCGAUGCGGAGGAUAAGGUUGCUCAGGCUUGCUAUUUAGCUGCAGAAAUGAAGGGUGCAAGGGAGCAUUGUGAAGCGUCCAUUAAGAUUCUGAAGAGGCUGUAUGGGGAUGAGCACGUUGUGAUUGGAAAUGAACUGGUGAAGCUUGCGUCGAUUCAGCUUGCAUCAGGUGAUUCGAGUGGAGCCUGGGAGACUACAAAGAGAUUGUCUCAAAUAUUCUCGAAGUAUUACGGGUCACAUGCUGAAACUCUUUUCUCUUAUCUCUCAUGUCUUAAGCUAGAAGCUGCCAAAGCCGUUAACUUGUGAUCUUAAGUCUUAAGCCAGCACUUUGUGCUCUAAUACCUUGGCUGCUACAAAAAGAUGAAAUGUUGAUUGGUAGUAGUGUCUGUUGUGUAGGCUUUUAUAAGAAAAUCUUGACUGCGUUAUUUUUUUUUGCUGUAAAUUGUUGGUGGCCACUAAAAUUAAGAAAACAAAACAGGAGCUGAAGUCAAACGUCCAGCCCUAAACCCCUUAAGCUUCA